GAUUUCAACAACGAACACUGUGCAAAAGAACAUUCUUCAAACUCAAAAUAUUCAAAUUUUUCGAUCUAAUUUCGUUUGAUUGCCGUUGUCGCGCGUGAACUCAUAAAAAAAAUUGUCCAAUUUAACAGCCCAUUACGAAAUCUUGAGAGCCAUAAAUAUUUUCCCAGUGCUAAGAUCAAAAGGAAUUUUCUCGGUAAUUACCAAUUGAUAACGUGAUUCGGUUUUGUGUGAGAAAUUGUUUAAAAGUCUACGUCAAGAACGUGACUUAACAUUAAAAUUUGAUUUCAUUUAACACAUAUUUAGACCAGAGACUUGAAUUGUGUGGAUUUAUUUAUAUUAAAAAAAAUCUGAAUGAUGAAAGCCACAGCGUGGUUUUGCCCGGUGUUAUUGACUUUACUCAGCGCUACGAGGCUCGUUUGUACUGCACAAAGGGGUGUUGCAGCUGCGACUGGAGCAGGCGGAGGCGCCACAGCUGCCGGCGCAGGCUAUGCCAACGGAUAUCCUCUGGACUAUCUGGAUUCACCGGCCAUACAGGAUGAGUUUUCGUUCGUGAAGCGGAAUAAACCGUCAUUGUCCAUUGUCAAUCCGUUGGAUGUGCUGCGCCAGCGGCUGCUACUGGAAAUCGCGCGCAGGCAGAUGAAAGAGAACACUCGACAGGUGGAAUUGAAUCGUGCCAUACUAAAGAACGUGGGUAAACGAGUGUUUCUUCAACCGUCGACCUGGGCCAACAGUCGCUACCGGCAGCAACAGGAGGAGGAACGGCCUUCGUCACGGUUUUUCGAUUUUCUACAACGGCCUGAAGCACAAGGAAAAGAGCAACCAACAUCACAACAGCUGCUCGACGAUGCCAACAAAUCCCUCAACACUGGCGCCCUCGGGUUCAGUCUAGGAGGGAGCGGUGGCGGUGGUGGGGGCGUGGUCAAACAUCAGCAGCCAGGCGGAAAUGAAAUCGCACAUGAAACAAAUCAUGAAAACGGUAGUCGCAAGGCAUUGCCUCUUGGCAAAAGCGCAACAGGAGAUGUGGAUAAUGUGGACAACGAUGGCGAGGACCAAGACGAUAUGCUGGAUGAUCUUAAAUAUAACUGGGCCAACGAGCAGUCUGACGAUAUGGACAUACCCAUAUUUGCAAAUAAUGCAAAUGCACGACUCCCCUGGCAUCUAAUCUAUCGCAUGCAUAAAAAUCCGCACUAUGCUAAUUAA